UCGAAUAUGACUCGUCAAUGGUAUAAACAAACGCUUGAAUUUUAUCGAGAUGUGCAUUAAUUUAAUCAUCUGUACGUGUGACAAGUUUAUUUCAAUUUAUAUUCAUCAUAAAAAAUAACAGUGUAUCUGAAUCUUUCGAGUCUGGAAAAUUUUAGAAUAUUAUAGAUUCAAUUCGUUCAUAAUGAUUCAGAAAUUGAUAUAAAGUGCGGUAGUUUCAAAGACCGUUUUCUUCUGGAUAUAAAAUCAUUUUGUUAAUUUUAGGAAUAGUAAAUAUUUCUGUAAAAAUUAAAUAUAAGGAUGCCUGCACCACCUCCACCUCCACCUCCUAUUUUCAAUACAUCUGGAUCUAAUGUAGGAAGUCAAGAUAGAAAUUUACUUCUUCAAUCAAUUAGAGCUGGAAAAACCUUAAAAAAAACUAUAACAAUAGAUAAAAGUGCACCUAUAGUUAGUGGUAGAGUAAAAACUGAAUUAGGAAACUCUUCUUCCUUGAAUAUCAAGGAAAAUAAUUCUAAUGUUAACAAUAGCAAUGCAAAUAAUGGAGGACCUAUAGGAUUGGGUGGAUUAUUUUCUAGUGGCAUGCCUAAAUUGAAACCUAUAGGAUCUAGAAUGACUUCAAGUGAAAAGAAUACUAACAAUAUAAAUAAUAUAAACUUGAGUCAAUCAACUGUCCCUAGUAUAAAAAGAGGUCCACCUCCAAUUCCACCACCAGCUACUCAAAAGCCACAAAUAUUUGCUCAGAAAACAAAUUCAAUACCAGGACAAAAUACUACAGAUUAUACUAGUUCAAAUACUGAAGCAUCUAAAGGAUUUGGAAAACCUACUCUUGCACCAAAACCACCUUCCACAUCCUCAUCUGCAUUGCACAAACCAUCACCACCUCCUAAAAAAUUAAAUUUAACUACUGGAGGAAGUGUGUCAAGAGCACAAAGUAUGCGAUUACCUAGAUCACCUCCUGUGCUUGCUCCAACUCCAUCUUCUCUUCAUCAGUCUCAAGAUUGCCUAAAUGAAACCCAACCAAGACCUACAAAUCGAAUACUUAGACCUCCAAUCGUGAAACCUCCAUCUCCUCCAACUUCUAGAACAAAUAAUAAUACAAUUAGCACUGCAACUAGAGUAGCACCACCACCACCUUCUAGAAUAACUGUUAGUGCUCCAUGUAUACCACCUCCACCUCCUCCUCUUCCUCAUCGUCCAACUCCUACUCAUCAAAGAUUGGCUCCACCACCACCACCACCACCGACACCACCUACAAGAAGUUCUUCUAUGCGCAAUGGACAGACAAUGAACAUUUUAGAUUUAGAGCUUCGAUUUGCUGAUAUGUUUCAUUCUGUUGCAAAUUUUCCAUCGCCAGAACCAUUUAAAGGAUUUACAAAAAUCUACAGUAGCAGAAAUGCUGCAAAACAGCAAGCUCCUGCGCCACCAAUGUCUUCUAUAUCCAAUACAAUGGUAUCAUUAAACACAUCAUCUGGGGGUUAAUUGUGACAAUAUAGUACUUCUUUGACAUAUUAAAAGUUUACAAAUAAUUUGUUAUAUUUAUUAUGUCAUAUGAUUAGUUAAUAAUUUUUAAAAUAUUACAACGAAAGAAAAAUUUAGAUGAAUAGAAAAAAAACGGAAUAAAAAUAUUAAAACCAUUACAUAUUAUAAAGU